UCGUUAUCUUCGAGAGAAACCGCUUAUUCCCCCAAACUCAAGUCUCAUCGAAAUCAAAAUCUCAAAACUCUCCCUCUCUUUUACAUUUACUCAGAAACCAGAACUUACCAUUUUUGUUAAUUUUUUCAAAAUCUCAAAACUCAAGUCUCCAUGUUUUGUCUACUCUAAUUUGCAUUUGGACUAACCAAGAAGAUGGAUUCGUCUAAGAAAGUUCUGUUUCCAGACCAAAUUUUGUCUUCUAGAAGAAACAUCUUAACCAGAUUCGGUUUAGGAAUCGCUGCUUCUUUCCUUCUCCUUACACUUCUCUCCUUUACUAGUUCCUCCUUCAAUGUCCCUUUCGUCUCUCCUCUGCUUCAAGGUCUCAAAAGCUCCAAUCUUAACACUUCGUCUUCUGUUAAGCAAGUGAACGAGAAGCCUGAAGUAGUAAAUCUCACCGACAAGGUCCCAGGUGUCAAAGUUCCAAGCUUUGAUGCCGAACAUAGAUCUGGAACAACAGUAGACGCUGGUUCAAAGAACACAACUUUGUCUGAAGAGGGUAAAGUUUCAAACUUUGAUUCCGGACAAAGAUCUGGAGAAGUAGUUAAGAACUCGAGUUUGCCUGAAGAGGGUAAAGUCUCAGUUGCAGAUGACAAAAAUACCCUCGAAGUAAAUGCUACAACAAGUGUGGGGAAUAGCUCGAGCUUGGCGUCUGAUUGUGAUAUCUACGAUGGAAGUUGGGUUAGAGCUGAUGAUGAGACAAUGCCGUAUUACCCAUCUGGUUCGUGUCCGUAUAUAGACAGAGAUUUCAACUGUCACGCUAAUGGAAGACCUGAUGAUGCUUAUGCUAAAUGGAGAUGGCAACCAAAUGGGUGUGACAUUCCCAGGUUGAAUGGAACUGAUUUUCUGGACAAGUUAAGAGGGAAGAAGUUGGUUUUCGUGGGAGAUUCGAUAAACCGGAACAUGUGGGAGUCUCUUGUUUGCAUUCUUAGACAUAGUCUCAAGGACAAGAAACGAGUGUAUGAGAUUUCUGGUAGAAGAGAGUUCAAGAAGAAAGGGUUUUACGCUUUCAGAUUCGAGGACUAUAAUUGCACGGUGGAUUUCGUUGGCUCGCCCUUUUUUGUAAGGGAAUCAAGUUUCAAAGACGUGAAUGGGACUACAUUGGAGACUUUAAGGCUGGAUAUGAUGGACAAGACGACAUCCAUGUAUCGAGAUGCUGAUAUACUGAUUUUCAACACCGGUCAUUGGUGGACUCAUGACAAAACGAAGCUAGGAGAGAACUAUUACCAAGAAGGUAACGUUGUGUACCCGAGGCUCAAGGUUCUCGAAGCUUAUAAACGAGCUCUCAUUACUUGGGCGAAAUGGGUCGAUAAGAACAUCGACCGCAGUCAAACCCAUGUAGUAUUUAGAGGUUAUUCCGUUACACAUUUCAGAGGAGGGCCUUGGAACUCAGGUGGACAAUGCCACAAAGAAACAGAACCGAUUUUCAACACGAGGUACUUAGCAAAGUAUCCUUCGAAAAUGAAAGCUCUCGAGUAUAUUCUCCGUGAUACAAUGAAAACUCCGGUGAUAUAUAUGAACAUAAGUCGACUAACGGAUUUCAGAAAAGAUGGUCACCCGUCGAUAUAUAGAAUGGUGUACAGGACCGAAAAGGAGAAAAGAGAGGCCGUGAGUCACCAAGAUUGUAGCCAUUGGUGCUUACCGGGUAUUCCAGACACAUGGAACCAGCUCUUGUAUGUGUCACUGUUAAAGGCCGGGCUUGCAUCUAAGUGGUAGGCUAAGUCCUUUGGUUUGUAUUUGUAUCUUGUUGCAGUUGUAAAGUAUAUAUAUAUGAAGCAAAUCUCCUUUCUAGAAAAGAAAGGAGGGUUAUGUUUCCAUAUCUUUUUGUUCUUUCUUUUUGCUGGUUAUAGGCAUUGUAUUAGAGACGAAGUUUUAAUUUGGACUUUGUUGGUAUAAAAGAAGAAAUUUCUACUAAA